AUACAAACUGUUUUAAGAACAUACCUGUUACACUUGCCAAAAAACAUCAGCUCGUGAUUGCCUCUGACUUGCACUCUUCUGACCAUAAGACACCUUUAAUGGUAAAUGUUGGCUCAUCAGUACCAGUUGAUGUUCUGAAAAGUGAUAUCGCAGUAGCUAUAAAGCAAAGAUUACCAGAUGAAACUGAUGUCCAUAUUACAAAAAGCGUGUCAUACAAUGGCAUGAACUACAGCACAGGAAUGAUAGUUGUUCAUGGGCAAUUAUUUGGUUUGCCAGAGUUUGCAGAAAUUCUGCAGAUUUUUAUUUUGCAUGGCAGAAUAUACUUUUUUGUAAAAAAGUUCUCUGCUUGGUAGAGCACUUCAGAGCUUUUGAACUUGACAUGUCACAUGUGAGAGAGGUGUCUCUGAUUGAGCAUGGGGAACUACUCGAUGACUACCCGUUAGCUGCCUAUUCAGUGGGAGGCCUGCGUCUGGUUACUCUGAAGAGACACACUAACUUGCAGGGUAAACAGGAGUGAUGUUUGUCAACAUGAUGGCCCAGCCCAUAAGACUGAGGAUCAUUCUCGGAGAAGAUGAUGCCAGGAAACUAAUUUUACCAGCUGGGAUAUCAGACUCCAUUGAGGAAUUGUGUCAGGAAGUAAAGACAAAUUUUGGAGUGCAACAGGAUUUUCGUCUUCAAUAUCAAGAUCCUGAUUUCGGAAAUGAGUUCGUAAAUCUGACUGCGAUCUCUGAAAUGAAUGAUAAAGCAACUUUAAAGGUUGUAUACUUGGAUAGUGUGCAGUUGCAAAGUUUUACAGAAGAUGAGGGAGUGACGUGUCAACCAGUGCGAAGUCCAACACAUUCCUUUUCAAGCUCUUCAGCAGACACAGACAAUACAAGGCCCGUUUCAUCGUCAGGUUCAUCACCGUCUACAAGACUGUCAGUGUGGCCAAGUGUCUUUACAGUCCCUCGUUUCAGGUAUGAGGCUGAACUGCAACUUGAAAAGGCCAAUGCUGAGUUCAUUGCUGGUGGAACUCAUUUGACCCCCUCACCAAAACUGAAAUCCCACCUUUUAGAAAGGCUGGCUGAAGAAAUAAUAAAAUUUAAAGUCUAUCCAACUGACAAUGACCUGAAUGAAGUUGCAGAAGCCCUUGUCAAACAGCAUCCUUGUCUGAGGGAGCAGGGAUCCUUCAAUGGCUGUUAUGGUUGGAAAAUUAGCCUCAAGUAUAAAAUGGCCAAUGUCCGGACCAAACUGAGAGGCCUAGGCUGUGCUGAGGUGUUGGUAAAUUCACCAAAGAACAAGGCCCAAGACAAAAGUCAGGCAGCAUUGAAUGUGAAAAAGCCUAGAAGAGCAGAAGUCAAUUACUGUCCACAGUAUCCAAAAGGAGAAACUACUGACAGCCUGGAAAAAGAGAGAAUUGCACUGCUUUCAGAGGUUCAGAAGAGAAACAAUGACAAUAUAGUGACAAUGAAAAUGCAGAAGACUUUUUCGUACAGAAGGCAAGAAGUUAUUCAAGGACAGCCCUUCAUUGCAGAUUUUAAAAGCAGAUGGCCAGCUCUGUUCACCGAGAAAGAGAUUGACAAGGAAUUCCUGCGCAUAUCGACAGUACCGCUGCUAUCUAGAUUCUUUUAUGAGCUAGACUUGUACACUCCACGCAUGAUGGAGCUCUUUCGAGGCAAAGGUGGGGUGGCUGGCAGAAAAAUGAAACACAUCAUGGUGGCCAUCUCCAAGGAUGACACAAUACAUACAAGGCGAGCAUGCAUCCUGAAGUCCUUGUGUGUCUACCUGAAUGAAGACCAUGAGAAACUUGUGAAGGAAUAUACGGUGAGUUACAUUCACAAGAUGUUCUGUGUUAUGUAAUUUGCUGCAGGAGUUAUGGGUAAUUUCGAUAUAUGAAAUGGUAAAAUGUGACACCAGGUGUGAAUAAAAGAUAUUGCAAUUGGUCCUUGUUUUGUUUCAUGUCAAAUUUCUGAGGUGUGAAACCAGAGACAUAGAAUUUAGUAA